AGACGCAGGCAGAGUCAACUGUGAAGAUUUUGGAGAGACAUGGGUUCACGAUUGCAAGAGCUUUUUGUGGCACUUUUCCUAUUUGGCAUAAUUCCAUCCUCUCUUCAAGUUCCUUCAUGUGCGAAAGUUCCUCUUACUUCUCAAAAGAUCCUGAAACGUCUACGCCGAAAUUUCAUGUUUGUCGAGAAACCUUCAGCUUCACCGCAGCCGUCCGUUGGGAUUCCAAGGCGGAGUACUCGUGAAGUCACCUUGCGGCUGCAAGGAUACUCAAAGUGCCCCUGGAGCUGGGCACAAGAUGACAACCCAAAUCGUUUUCCUCGAUUCCUGACCAAGGCCGUGUGUCCUAAUUGUAAGCACUUCUGCCGUGCAGUGAGGUACUCUCAUAGGGGCCUGGUACAGAAAUGUGAUGUCAGAACAGGGGAAGUGGUUUGGAAGUGGGCUGUAGUUGAACUUCCGGUAGCAUUCUUGUUUGAUCCCUGA